GGUAAGAAAGCGAGCGAGCGAGAGAGAGAGAGAAAGAGAAGCAAAUCCACGAAUAAUUCCUCUGCUUAUCCUCCUACUUUCGUCAGCUGGAAUCAUCUCUCGCUCCGACGUUGGGUCAGAAAGAAGCAAAGGCGGUGCGCUCCGUCCUCUCGUUUCGGGCUUUGGCUUGAAGACAAGAGAGGAAGAAUUCCGUAAGAUCGAAACUGUCCAAGUCAAAGCUGCAGUAAAGCAUUGAUGGCUGCCACUGCCAUGUCUUUGUGCUUUUCUAAUCGUCCUCCUUGGAUGAUGCAAAUGGCCGUAAAGAAUCAUGGAAUAAAGCCAGUCAUUCAGCACAGAUCUUUAUCUCGAUCUAUUAUCCACAGAAGAAGCCGACACCAUGUUGGUCGGCGUACAGGCUUAUCAUCCCAUAGAUUUGCUGUGUUUGCAACCACUGAAGGCUCAGCAAAAUCAAACAAGUCAGAUGAACAGAUUCCCUCUUGGGCUAGAUCUGAUUCCGAUGAACCUCCACCUUGGGCUCGUGAUGAGGGCGACAAAAGCACUUCUCAGUCAUCAGUCAAGAUCCCUUUUUUUGUGUAUUUACUUGCAUCGGCCAUAACAGCAAUAGCAGCGAUUGGUUCGGUGUUUGAAUACGUAAACCAGAAGCCUGUUUUUGGGGUCCUACAAUCAGACAGUGUCUUCUAUGCACCUUUGCUUGGUUUCUUUGUUUUUACUGGAAUACCUACCUCGGCAUUUUUGUGGUUUAAAUCUGUGGAAGCUGCAAACAAAGAAUCUGAGGAGCAAGACAGGAGAGAUGGAUAUCUCUAAAAGUCAACAGCAUUACAUGCAUGCAUUUCCGAUCACCUGUUGCAAUAUUGUUCAUAAAACCAGAGUACAUACGAAUUUCCUUUUUUUUUUGCUUCGUCAUAUUGAUCAAUGAUGCAUGUUCGUAUUGGGUGGAAAGUAUAAGAGAUGAUGAGUUAACCGUGGCAUUUUAUGAUUUUUUCACUGAAA